AUGGUGGUUUCCUCCUCUCCCUGCAAGCAGCUCAACUCAAACAUAUAUCCUCCGGUGGUACUGAAGAUUUCAACUAGCACAACAGUUUGCAAGAGCUUCAAAGCUCAGACUUCAGACCCUUUUGUUGCCUCGGCAUUCUACUUGAACCGAUUAUUUACCUGCAGUUCAAAUUUUGUCCAGGCUUUUCAUGACGGUACUGUCGCAGAUACUGCCGUGAGCCUGUGA